AUUCUGCGAUUCUUUUUUUCCUUCUGCGACUUCGCUCUACUUGGCUUCUCAUCACGUUGUGUUUAGUUUGGUCAAGUGAGUCCUCGGGACGCACAGCAAUGGCUGAUUCGAUACCGAAGUCUUCGCAAGCGUAGCCGCGAAACUGUUCCUUGGACGAGAAGGCUUCGUUUAUCACGUGGGCCGCCUUUGCAUCUUAACCCAACUUUCCACCAACAAAAAUUCUUCGACUUUCCAUCUCAAAUUCCAUCUGUUUCCCCCCAUUGGAAUCGUUGCUUCAUGCUCGCUGGUUCGCGUUCAAACCAAGCCUUACUGGGAGCUCCAGUCUCGCCGCCCCCUGAAAAUGAAGCGUCCCCCUCGCGCUGUGCUUCUCCUGUUCUUGGUCCUCUGCCUGGUGGGGCCUCGUCGCGUUCGCUGCGAGAAGCCUCCGGUGGUCCGGGUCGGUGCGAUCUUCACGCACGAUUCGGUCAUUGGGAGAUGCGCGAAGGCCGCGAUGGAGGCCGCGGUCGCCGAUGUGAACGCCGAUCCGGCGAUUCUCAACGGCACGGAGCUGAGGUUGACCAUGGAAGACGCUAAUUGCAGCGUCUUCAUGGGGUCCAUUGAAACCUUUAAAGUGAUUGGCGAAGAGGUGGUGGCUAUUAUUGGAUCACAGUCCUCGGCAAUAGCUCAUAUGAUUACCGAGAUUGUGGAUAAUCUCCAAGUUCCUCUCAUCUCUUAUUCUGCCACUGAUCCUACACUUUCUGCUCAGCAAUUUCCAUUUUUCGUUCGCACUGCGCAGAGUGACUCCUACCAAAUGGCUGCAAUGGCUGAUUUGAUCGAUUAUUAUGGAUGGAAAGACGUCGUCGCCGUCUAUAUUGAUGAUGAAUUUGGGAGAAAUGGGAUAUAUGCUUUGAGUGAUGAACUUGAGAAAAGAAUGAUGAAGAUUUCAUAUAAGUUGCCUUUGCCUGUCCAAUAUGAUUCAAGACACAUCAUGGAUGCACUCAAUAACUCUAAAAUAUUUGGUCCUCGUGUUUAUGUUGUUCAUGCAAAUCUUGAUCCUGCUUUCAGAAUUUUUACCAUAGCGCAAGAACUGCAGAUGAUGGGAAGUGAUUAUGUGUGGCUGGCCACGGAUUGGGUCUCUGCCACUUUAGAUUCACUGUCUCCCAAAAACCAAACAUCUAUUGAGAUUAUGAAAGGGGUAGUUGCAUUACGCCCCCAUACUCCAGAUUCUGUCCGGAAGAGAGCAUUUAUUGCUCGAUGGAGAGACAUGCAGACAAAAGGGUUAACUAGGUCUGGACUAAAUACUUAUGGUCUUUGUGCGUAUGAUACAGUUUGGGCGGUUGCAUAUGCAAUCGACAGGUACAUAAACGAGAAUGGAAAUUUCACAUUCACAUUCAGGGACGCCCUUUAUGAUGAGAAAACAAAAGACAUGUGGCUUGGAAAGCUUAAAGUCUUUGAUGGAGGAUCUCUUCUUCUGAAGAAAUUGUUGCAGCUAAACUUCACUGGUUUGACCGGUCAAAUUUACUUCAAUGCAGAGAGGAAUGUUCCCAGUGGUGGUUAUGAUGUCAUCAACAUAGUCCAGAGAGAGAUUCGUUUGGUUGGAUUUUGGUCUAAUGAAACAGGUCUCUCAGUUUUAGCUCCCAAAAAUAUUGAAGGGGGUCAGAGCAGUUAUACCCGUGAAGACCAGAAGCUCCAUGAUGUGACUUGGCCUAGCGGAAAAACAGAAAUACCACGUGGCUGGGUGGUGGCAGAUAGUGAGAGGCCUCUCAGAAUUGGAGUGCCAAACAGAUUUAGCUUCACUGGAUUUGUCAUGGAGAACCAAAGUAGUCAUCAAUUCCAAGGAUAUUGUGUUGAUGUGUUCAAUGAAGCAAGGAAUUUUGUGCCAUAUGAUGUCCCUUACAGAUUCGAGGCAUAUGGAGAUGGACAUUCAAAUCCCAAUUAUGAUGGCCUGACCAAAAUGGUAGCAGAUAAUGAGUUUGACGCUGCCGUUGGAGACAUUGCAAUUGUGACAAACAGGACAAAAAUAGUAGAUUUUUCUCAGCCAUUUGCUUCAAGUGGUCUUGUCAUAGUGGCUCCAAUCGACAAUUCUAAGUCGAGUGCUUGGGUGUUUCUCCAACCUUUUUCAGCCGAGAUGUGGGUUGUUACAGCAGCUUCUUUCGUGAUGAUUGCUGUAGUCAUUUGGAUUCUUGAGCAUCGAGUGAACAACGAUUUUAGGGGUCCUCCAAAGAGGCAACUUGCAACAAUGUUCCUGUUUAGCUUUUCAACUCUGUUUAAGAAGAACCAAGAAGAUACUGUAAGCCCACUGGGGCGUAUGGUAAUGGUAGUGUGGCUUUUCUUACUGAUGGUGAUCUCAUCAAGCUACACAGCGAGCCUUUCUUCAAUCCUCACAGUUCAACAGCUCUCAUCACCCAUUACAGGAAUUGAUAGCUUGAUUGCAAGUAAUUGGCCCAUUGGCUAUCAAGUGGGAUCUUUUGCUCACAGCUAUCUAGUGGAAAGUCUUUACAUCUCCCCAUCAAGACUGAUUCCCCUAGGCUCACCAGAAGAGUAUGAAAGGGCACUCCGGCUAGGGCCAAACCAUGGUGGGGUGGCUGCUAUUGUUGAUGAACAGCCAUACGUGGACUUAUUUUUAUCAAAGCAUACUCAAUUUGGGAUUAUUGGGCAAGCAUUUACCAGUGGCGGCUGGGGAUUCGCGUUUCAAAGAGGUUCUCCACUGGCUGUUGACAUAUCAACUGCAAUAUUGAAACUGUCCGAGAGUGGGAAACUCCAAAAGAUUCGCGAGAAGUGGUUUUGCAAAAUGGCUUGUCCCAGUGAAAGGGGAAAGGACUCGGAACCUGAACAGCUUCACUUGAUCAGCUUCUGGGGCCUCUUUCUUCUAUCUGGUGUCAUUUCUGUCGGAGCCCUUCUGGUGUUUCUGAUCCGGGUGAUUCGCUUGUUUGUCCAGUUCAAGAAGCAGCAAAUGGCUACGACCACUUUGCUAUCAGAGUCCUCAAAUAGGCAAUGUUCUGAUACCUUCUGCAAAUUUCUCGACUUUGUUGACCAGAAGGAAGAUGCUAUUGAGAAAAGCAUGUCUCGAAAUGGGAAUGCUCAACAACAGAUUCCCUCAUCGACAUACGAGGAUGUUCCCUGAAGUCGGUAGAUUUGCUGAGUUGGUUUUGCUAGGUAAAGCUUUUUGCAAUAUCGAGUUUUCCGUCAAGUGUCGAUUAGUCUCUCUCUAAGUUUAGAUCGAAGCAUGUAAAUAUAUAACCCUCUCCCUUCUGUCAGGCUCCCCUAUAAGAAUGCAGUCUGAUCAUAAUUCUCCAGCUAGAUAACCUCUGGAUCUAUUAUUGGGUCUGUUCUUAAGCAAAUUUCUGCUGUUUGGUCUCUGAAUGACUGCCAAUUUAUGCAAUUUGGUUUUGGUCAA